AUGGCGGCUGGUUUGAGCUGCAAGAAAAUGUACCUGGCCAAGAGCAAGCAGAGUUUUACUCACACAAGCAGAGGAAGGGGUUAUCUCAUUGGGGGAGCAGCUGCUUUCUCAGGUGGAUUGGAGCAAGAUGUGCUGCAGGAGCAGAUAGUGUCCAAUGGAGCAACAGAAAGAGCAGAUAACAUCCAUGAGAAACAGCAGAAUAUGUCCUUGGCAGCAGGCACUGCUGAGAGCCCUUUGUUUACUGCCUUCCUGGUGGCUGCUGAGCAGGCAGACAUCUGUCUUCUGAAUAAUAGACAUUCUGACUGGUGUAAAGGAACAGCUUCACUGUGUUCAUCCAUUCUUUUGAGUUCAGCGAGCAUUUUUAUGACCAUUACUUUGAACUCUUUAUCAGCUGUUCAGCUAGACCUCAGGUUCUUGUUAGAAGAAGUUGCUCCAUAUCUAGCUAAAGAUCUGUUGUAUCCCUGGAAGGAGACGUGGGUCACUCUCUGGCUCCCUCUCUUUCCGCUGCUACCUUGGAUCCAUUCCCUUCACAACACACCCAGUGAAGCCACAGAAACUGUCCCUACCACAGAGAGUGAGUUGCCACAUCCCCAGGCUGAGACAGGGUCUGGAAGAGAAUUUGACAAUGAUGAAUCAGUACCAGAGCUUGAGGAACCAGAUUCCACACAGGCAACCACACAACAAGACCAGCUGGCAGGGGGCGAAAUCCAUGAAGAGCCAGUCAAUAAAGCAAAACAUAGCCAGAGUGAAAAGAAGACAAGGAAAGCUAUGUCCAUAUUAGAUCUUCGACAGGUUACGGGGGUCAUUAGGAUCAUUAUCUGGGAAUGUAUGAAUAUCCUUUGUCAUCAAAAACCAGAUGUGUACAAGAGCCUGGCUUCAGAUACCUACACAGCUUUGGGGGAAGCCAAGAUAGAGGAUUUAUCUCAGCAAGCACAGGUAGCAGCUGCUGAGAAAUUCAAAGUUCAAGGUAAAGCAGUCUCAAAUGUUGAAGAAAACACACAAACUCCAACCAUAGAGGAGGAAAGUAAAGAGGAAAAGGCUGAUGAAACAGGUGUGGAAGUUAAGGACAUGGAACCAGUCAUGUCACAAGCAAAUGUGUCUAGAGCAAAGGCAGUCCUUGCCCUGAAAUACAACAGCAAUGAUAUUGUAAAUGGUAUUAUGGAAUUAACAAUAUAA